AGAAGUAAUAACUUUAAAAUGCUUAAAACUCUGCAUAAAAUCACUAAAAGUUGUCGGCCUAAUUUUAAUCCUCUUUCCUUUUCGACGCUUUUAUUAUAAGGUAAGGAAGUGGAUUUGACGGAGGAAUGGACGCCGGUAGUUGAAAUAUACCGUUUCUGAGUCGUCCUCCGGCGAUUAAAGGUAAGCUACGCAUAUGCAAUUGCGAAUGUCUAUGGCGUCACUUCGCAAAUUCGGCAAAUUAAAACGCAUUCGGGAAUUUAAGUUAUACAGUUUCUACGUCAGUAAAAACGCAGUUACAAAUGCGGAUAUAGUUUAAGUAAAGAGAAAUAUUCACAUUAAAUAAUUAUCAAUGCAAGUCGGAAUAAAUUACGAUAAUCUGAGAAAAAAUAACACAAACAAUCAAACAAUAGAAUAUCGUCAUGGACCAAACAUCAUGAGGAAUGUAUAUGUAAAUUUGAAACACUGUGAUUACUUUUACGAGCAUUAAGAAAAUGCUAUUAACAAACCAAAGCUAAUCAUUGAUAACGUGAACGUUGGAGAGAGUAGACGUAUGUAUAAUGUUUCCAAGAAUUGUACACUUAAUAGUAAUAUUAAUGUUAAUAAAACUAGUAAUUAAUAUUGGUGAGAAAGCUUUUAAAGCAUGUAAAGAUUACGGACAGACGAUGCUUGAAUGCCACAAUGUGUUAUUCCCAACUUCAAGGGUCAGAGUACCAAUUGACUUACUUUUAUACCCACAUAUGGUAUUAAUAGGUUUUUCAAAGAACGAAGAAGAUCAACCGGCUUGGAAAUGUGGUGGCAGCUUAAUAAGUGAAGACUGGGUGCUAACAGCAGCUCAUUGUAUAGAAGACCCAAUGUACGGUACUCCAAGUGUAUUAAGAAUAGGUACAGCAACGUUUGAAUUUGACGAAGUAGACGAGUUAGCACAAGAGAGAAAUAUAUCAGAAAUUAUUCCACAUCCCAAAUACAAGCCACCGUCGAAAUAUCAUGACAUUGCAUUGAUGAAAAGUAAACCUGCUUUCAUACUUAAUCGUGAUAUAAAAAUUGCUUGCUUACAUUUAAACGAUAAUAUUCCAACAGCGAAUCUAACAGCCAUUGGAUUUGGAACUACCGUAUCUGGGAUAGCAACUGGAAGUCAGACAUUGAUGAAAGUUGACGUUGAUAUAAUUAAUAACACGGUAUGUAACAAAUCAAUGAGAUAUUUGAUAAGAAGAAAGAUAUUAGCUCGUGGGAUAACUGAAGAACAACUUUGUGCAGGUGAUUAUGAAAAUGGGGGAAGAGAUACAUGUCAGGGUGAUUCUGGAGGUCCAUUACAGAUUAUGAUUGAUAGAGUUGAUUGCAUUAAAUCUUUUCCUUUACAUACUGUAGUGGGUGUUACAUCUUUCGGCAGGGAUUGCGGGAGAAGAAUGGCACCAGGUGUUUAUACCAGAGUUUCAAGAUACAUAGACUGGAUUGAAAGUAUAGUGUGGCCAACAUAAAAUGCUAUUUUUUGUAAUGACUUUAUUCAGGUGUGA